AUGGCACAGGUGCUAGGACAGGUUGGUCCUUACAAUGAAGGGAAGGAGGACUGGGCUUGUUAUGUGGAAAGGCUGGAACAGUUUUUCAUCGCAAAUGAUAUUACUGAAGCAUCCAAGAAAAGGGCUGUGCUUUUGAGUGGAAUUGGACCUUCAACAUAUUCGGUGUUGAGAAAUUUGAUGACCCCAGAUAUACCUUCAAGUAAGUCGUAUGGUGAGCUGAAAGCUACAUUAUCUGCUGAUUUUAAACCAAAGACAUUAGUGAUUGCAGAGCGUUUUUGUUUUUACAAGAGAAAUCAACAUGAAAAUGAGUCUAUUUCAGAUUAUAUUGUUGAGUUGAAGAAACUUGCAAGAACUUGUGACUUUGGGGAUGUUUUGUCAAUUGCUUCGCGGGACAGGCUUGUUUGUGGUUUGCGUGCAGAGACUAUUCAGAGGAAGCUUUUAACAGAAAUUGACCUUACCUUUGACAAGGCACAAAGAAUCACUGUAGCAAUGGAAUUAGCUCAAAAUAAUGCAGUUGAUUUGCAACCAUCAAGUUCAAAUGGUGGAUUAGGAGUUAACAAGGUGGAACAUCAACACAAUAAGAAGGCAAAAGCAAGUGCUUCAGCAUCUAAACCUGCUAAAGAGUGUUGGCGAUGUGGAGGAGAUAAACAUAAUGCAAAUGAUUGCAAAUUUAAGUCAUUGAAAUGUUUUAAUUGCUCCAAACAAGGUCACUCUGCAAAGAGGUGUAGAAGUGAAAAGACGUUAGAGCUUGAAGAGGAUGCUAAAGAUGUGUUAACCAUCAAUACUCACAAGGGGCUGUUCAUGAUAGAAAGGUUAAAUUUUGGUGUCGCUAGUGCACCUGCCAUAUCUCAGUCAGUCAUAGAUAGGGUGUUGUCUGGUGUGAAGAUUGUUGUAUGUCACUUGGAUGAUAUUCUGAUCACAACUAGAUCUAUUGAGGAGCAUAAAGAGAUCCUAUCAGUAGUUUUGCAGAGGCUUGAAAGUCAUAAAAUUAAAGCUAAACUCAGUAAAUGUGAAUUCUUCAAGUUUUCUGUCACUUAUCUUGGAUACAAGAUAGACAAAGAAGGAUUCCAUCCAACUGAAGAGAAAAUCAAUGCCAUUAUUGAUGCACCUGCUCCAACAAAUGUUACAGAGUUAAGAUCUGGCUUGGAUUGA